CCUAGCAAGUAGUCCACCAGCGUCCUCUCGGGCCAGUCUGAAGUCUGACCACCCAUCAUUAUUAGAUGUUGCUUGUGAUAUCGCCUCGAUGCUUUCUGAACCCAGCCCAGGCCAUCCCCAUAUUGUCACGACAGCAGAAGGGCAGAUGGUCCCCACCAAGGCCUUGCUCUACAUGGGGCGGCUGGACGUGCAAUGGGCAACGCGGCUACUCCCGUUUUCACCAGUCGUUGUUCUCGUGAUCAUCACAUGGGUCAUCCGAGUUGGCCCCAGAGCUCACUGACGAAGCUGUACACCCUCGUGUCCCAAAACAUGCAAACUCAACCCAUAUUUAUAUUGCUCCUGCAUGA